AUUGGUUGCCCAACUUUGAUCACAUGACCGCCUCUGCUCUCACUGUCCUGCUUGUUAUUUUGUGAAAAAGCCUCUCUGUUGUUUUUAAUCAUGAAGACUGAGCCUCCAUGUUGGUUUGAUCAGGAGUGAAGGUGUUGACUGUGAUCCUCGUGGACCUGUGGGGUCAGGUAGGUGGUCGGUUUUUUUUCGGGGUCGAGAGAUUGUGGGUUGACUUUGUUGUUUUGCUCAGUCAGCGGCUUUCCCAGCAAACGUACACAGAGCUGAUUACGUCUGAAUUAAAACACUUAAUGAGAGUGAAACGGUUAUACAGAAGGUAGUUAGUCACAUUCCCGCCUUUUCUGAUCGCUGUUCUGCACCAGGUUUGUAUUUUUAGCCUUUAGCUAACUCAGUUUGUUCGAACACAGUAAGUUUGUCUCCUUUGACUGACCCGGAUCCUCCAGAUAAAACCAGGUCUCUGGGUCUCUGUGAGAUCUUGUUCUUCUGGGUCUCUGUGAGAUCUUGUCCCUCUGCUCAGAUAACAGACCGUCUUUGUCCUCUGUCCUCACAGAGCUUCAUUUAGUGUUGUGUGGUUCGCGAACGAUUAGUCCAAAAGAACCGAAUCUUUUAAGUGACCUUCACUGAACCGAAUCACUUUCCUGAGUGAUUCGUUUGUUCCUCACUUCAGUUGAGCUGAAGAGAGAAACAGCGACUUAAUCCCAAACUGCCCCCUAACCCUCGCCCUUCACUGCUGAGUGACACUCGUAAUGAAGUUACACUCACAGCUGUGAAGUGCGUCUUAAUUGAAAUGGGAGGGUAUAAACAACACUGGCAGGUAUGGGACGCCCUCUUUAACGAAAAGAUUCAUUGCCAUAGCAACACAAAGAUGCGUCCUGUGCAAAGCAGCGUUUAUUUUCUUAGUAAACAGACAUCAUGUUCAGCUCUGAGCCGCACCGUCUGCCUCGUUUCUUCAUCUUCCCAGUAUCAUCGUAAAUCCAGGAACCAUCACAGAGACAGGAGCUAAAUUACACUUCAGAUUGUUAGUGAUUCCACUCGUCUUUAAACCCCUUUACUAUUUGACAUGUGUCGGCACAAUCAAAUCAAACAGAGUAAGAUUUCCGACUUCUGUUUGGUCUUUCCAAACCACGUCUUUUGUGAAUUUUUUUGUCGGGGGGGAAGCAGUCCGUUCAGGAGAAAGGCGUGUAGCUUUUGAUAAACUGACGCCUCCAUUCUGAUGCGGGCUCACUGAUGCUGCUGAGGCUGCUGAACAAGUGUCAAAGCUGUUGCAAAGAUGGCUAGUAGAGGAAAUGUUCAGUGAACGAAUCACUCACUGAGUCCAAUUUACUGAGAAGACCUGAUAAAUAACAUAUUAUAGGACAGUACACUUCAAACAUCAUGAGUUUUGCCAAAGCGACACAGACAAACACUCGUCUGUCCCAGAAGCUCCAAUCUGAACUGAGUCCUGAACCGUUCAGCUGUGUAUCAGUCCAGGAGGUCGGAGUCGCAGGCUUUUUCCACUAAGGGCUACAUGAGUCAGUGAUUUGGUAAACGAAUCUUUUGAACGAAUCUUUUUUGUGAACUGAUUCUAGUGAUUCAGUACAUCUAGAAGAACUGUGGUGCCCAUCACUAGCUUUAUUCUCAGACACUCUUACAUGUGUUUAUCCGCUCUAAAAUCACGUUAAGAGUAUUUUCUUCAUGAAGAGCUCAGUAAAUGUUUUGAUAAUUCAGAUUUUAAAUAGUUUUUCCUUCUUCAGUUUCAGAUUAACCAGCACAGUUUGGCUCCAGUUUCACACAGCAGUGGUCGACAGAUAUCAGUUUCUCAACGGCUGUUAGUCUGUUUUUAUGAUGAUAUUGAUGCUAAUAAAUGAGAUCUAAAAACUGUGACUUUAAUCAAAUGUUUUAUCAAAUAAAUGUAGAUGGGAAAAAAAGUAUAGUUUGAUUUCUGUCCAGCUCUUUGAAGUUUGUAAGAAAUGAUAAAACAUACAAGCUGAAUGUCAGUAUUAUAAUUAACCUGCAUUAUUCUUAUAUUAGAACAGAGUUUAUACCGAACAAUAUCUGAUGCCAAUUAUGAAAAAAUCUCUUUUAUCAGCCAACCGGUCAGUUUGUCUAUCUUUAUCGGUACAUUAUGAGUCAAACACGCUGCAGCAGGUGUUUUUUCUGGAUACACAAAGCUGCAAACAAACUUCACAGCGUGUUUAUAAACCUGCGAGAACAGCUGUUUUUCUUCAGUCCUGUUGGAAACUCGUUUCAUUCGACCGUCUGUUGGUACUUCGGCAGCUUUAAUGGGUCACAUGUUGAUGUGGAGAGACACACAGACUCUUGUGACUGAGAUCUCUGAUCUGUCACAGUCAGCACUAAAGAGUCUGUACUUCCUCUCUCUGAGAAAUCCAAUCUCAAAAAUCACGAGACCUCUGGAUCCAGUAAACAGGGUUUUUUUUGUUGUCGUCUCUGUUUUUCGCGGCACACCUGUCUGCAGCCGGACGCAGCUGAAGCUGUGUGUGUCUUUGUAAAAGCUGGACAGGUGAUUCUCUGUCUGUGCUGAUAAAAACAUCUAGCAGCUUCUCUUUGUUUGGCCUGUAAAGGUGAGUGUGUGUUUUUGAGUGUGUGUGUGUGUGGAGGAGAGACAAUGCAGUUCGAGACUGUUGUCAUUUCUAUAAAGCAACUUUUCAAACUUUGUUUACUGGCGGUCAGUUCGGUGAACGGAUUCAGUGUUUUCGUUCUUUUUGUCCCUUCUCGCAGCUGUUUUUAUUCAGUUUAUAAAUUACUAGUAAAUAUAUGACGGUUGAAGUGAAACAGUGACACACAACAGUAAACGUGUUGAAUCUGUUUACAUGUCAAAGUUAUUUUCCUGCUUUGGUUUCAGUUUGUUCUCUGAAUUUUCAAACUCAGAACGUUAAAGACGUGACGUACCGUGAUGAGUUUUUGUCCUCCUCUUUGUUUACAGAUCCUCAAAUCAUCAUCUGAUCCGAGCUGCCUCGACUAAAAUCUGUUAAUUCUGAUGUUCAAAAUGAAGACGGACAUCCCUUACAACCAGGUACGGAGCGUUUAUCAGCGAUCACCGUUCACUUCCUCACUUUGUAUUUCUGAUCCUAAUUUGGACGUUUUAGGCACUAGAAAAAACUUUUCUGCUCAUAUUUAUCAAAGUUUUGAGGUGCAGAUUUAAAACAAACAGAUUAAAUAUAAAGAAAUGUUGGUGGAGCUCACAUCAACAUUUAGAUACAGACUUUAGAACACACAGAACCAGAGGAGGGAACAGACGAGUUUGUAAAAACAGUGAUAGAGUUGAAGUGAAGAGGACUGAGUCUCCAGACUGUGAGGGAGUUUCUCCGACUUCAGAGAGUUCAGCUCGUGACUCAGAUCAGAUCAGAGGAGCUUCCUCAUAUUCUGGGUUAUAAUUCCAGAGUGACUCAAGUUUCACCGUCAUAGCUCUGCCUCACAUCCUUAUUUUGAAGAUUUGAUAAACACUUUCACUUUAAAAAACUCCCACGAGUUCAUAACCGAUCACUGAAGAGCUGCGAAAACAGCCGGACUAAAACCAGAGAAGGUUUUACUCACUGCUACGUUUGGACUCUCUUCUUACUUUGCUGUGACGUCAAAUGUCAUUGAGGUCAAGAUUUGGACAAAAUCACCUAAUCAGCACUGAUCCUGCAGGAGCCUCUAUUUUUAUUUAUUUCUACUUUAUUUUUCCGAUUUAAAAAUCACAACACAGCAGUAAAAAGUUCAUGCAGAUACACGUCCUCAUCGUCUCCGUGUUUUUGUUGUUUUGUGUGUGUAGUUGGUGGAUGCAGAGAGGAGGAGACAAGAAUCACACCGGAAAGCCGAGCUGGUUUGUUACACACACACACACACACACAGAAAAUCAAACCAAGUCAUCAGAGGAGAAAGACUCCAUCACAGUCCUCACGUCUGAAAAUCAAACUCUGGUUCACUUCCUGUUGAUCAGCAGCCGGACUGUCUCUCUCCCUUUAGUACUCCAGGUGUGUGAUCGCUCUCGCCACUGUGGCCACGGUGCUGCUGGCCGUCAUGGCUCUCUACAACCUCCUCACACCGCGAGUUUCCUCAGAACAUCCCGCCCUGAGCCCGUCCCUGAGCAGCAGCCUCCAACUGCCCCAGAGAGAGUCCUGCUUGGACCCCUGCAAGUAGGAGAACCUCUCCACCCGUCUCCUUCCUCCUCCGCUUUCUAACUAGUAAAAACGGACAGAUGUUUUUUUCCCUGAUGCUCCUCACAGAUCGCUCUCUUUCUCCUCUUCAGCAUCGUUCUGGUGGAGAGCAUCCCUGAAGGUCUGGAGUUUAAUUCCAGCACCGUACACCCCUCCAUCUUCCAGGCCUGGGUAAACCUGAUGUCUGAGGCUCGCAGCAGCGUGGACAUCGCCUCCUUCUAUUGGACGCUCACCAACAAAGACACCGGCACUCAUGAGCCAACAGCCUAUCAGGUGGGCUGGAGCUGUGAGCGGCUCACGGUUUAACCCCAAAAUAAAGCUUUAAUAAAAUAAUCCGACAUGAACGUGUGAAUCCCUGUCCUGCUGUGUCACAGGGGGAGACGGUUCUGAAGAAACUCGCCGAGCUUUCGGGGAAAGUUUCUGUUCGAAUCGCCGUGAACUCACCGCAGGAGAGCCAACCACAGGACGACCUCCGACUGCUCAACGACUCGGGUGAGGACGCGGGACGAGUUUUCAGGAGGUCUCAGCGUAAAUGUUCUAACUUAAUACGAAUCAUCAAAAAUACUCGAUGUGUGUUUGUGUUUCAGGAGCUCAUAUCAGAACCGUCAACAUGAGGAAACUCACCUCAGGGGUCCUCCACACUAAGUUCUGGGUCGUAGACAAGAAACACAUUUACAUCGGCAGCGCCAACAUGGACUGGAGGUCUCUCACUCAGGUACGCAAUCACACAGGUCCACGUUCACACAGGUCCAUGUUCACACAGGUCCAUGUUCACACAGGUCCACGUUCACACAGGUCCAUGUUCACACAGGUCCACGUUCACACAUGUCUACAUUCACACAGGUCCACGUUCACACAGGUCCACGUUCACACAGGUCCAUGUUCACACAGGUCCAUGUUCACACAGGUCCACGUUCACACAGGUCUACGUUCACACAGGUCCACGUUCACACAGGUCCACGUUCACACAGGUCUAAGUUCACACAGGUCCACGUUCACACAGGUCCACGUUCACACAGGUCCACGUUCACACAGGUCCAUGUUCACACAGGUCUAAGUUCACACAGGUCCACGUUCACACAGGUCUACGUUCACACAGGUCCACGUUCACACAGGUCCAUGUUCACACAGGUCCACGUUCACACAGGUCCACGUUCACACAGGUCUACAUUCACACAGGUCCACGUUCACACAGGUCUACAUUCACACAGGUCUACAUUCACACAGGUCCACGUUCACACAGGUCCAUGUUCACACAGGUCUACAUUCACACAGGUCUACAUUCACACAGGUCCACGUUCACACAGGUCCACGUUCACACAGGUCCAUGUUCACACAGGUCUACAUUCACACAGGUCCACGUUCACACAGGUCCAUGUUCACACAGGUCUACAUUCACACAGGUCUACAUUCACACAGGUCCACGUUCACACAGGUCCACGUUCACACAGGUCUACAUUCACACAGGUCCACGUUCACACAGGUCCACGUUCACACAGGUAAACGUUCAGCCCCCAGUGGAAAAGAAUCAGUUUUUAUAUUGAAACUCAGAAUCUAGAUUCCCGAGGAGAGGAAGAAGUUAAGAUCUUCUGACUCAGAGUUUCUCGGGCGUCUGAUCCCAGCAGGUUUGAUUUCCUUCCCCUUUUUUAGAGGAAGUUCUCCGGCUGGCACAAACUCCCUGUCACACGCCAUGGCGCUUUAAUGACGUUUGUUUGUGCCGAGAAAUCUUCCUUCCUCUGACUCAGAGAAGUUAUUUGGUUAACCAAAGAUACUGACAAAGACAAAGAAGGUCAGAGAAGAUGUAGAUCUAAAAUCUGUUGGUCCGCAGGUGAAGGAACUCGGCGCCGUGGUCUACAACUGCAGCUGCCUGGCUGCAGACCUGGGGAAGAUCUUUGAAGCCUAUUGGUUCCUGGGAGAAAGUCAGUCAAUCCCGUCACCUUGGCCCACCAGCUUCUCCACCCUCUACAACAAAGACACGCCCCUCCAGCUGCCACUCAACGACACGCCGUCCAACGUCUACCUAUCGGUGAGAAACGUCCAGAAGGGGGAGGAUGAGGUUCUGAACAUGAGCUCCAUGAGACCGAAUCAUGAGAGCGGCUCUGUCGGCUCGUGAACGUCAAAGAAACUUCAUUUUCUGUCAGUUUGGUCUGAAACAUCUCUAAAACAUCUUCUCUCUCUCUCAGAGCUCUCCUCCGUCUUUCUGUGCCAGCGGCAGGACCCCAGACCUCCAGUCCAUCCUGAGUGUGAUGGAAGACGCCCAGAGCUUCAUCUACAUCGCUGUCAUGAACUACCUGCCCACCAUGGAGUUCUCUCAUCCUAAAAGGUAGAAACGAUCACAGACUCGUGUUCAUAGUUCAGAGUUAGAGGAACAUGUGCCGUCGUGAUCUCCGAGUAUUUCUGCGCCACUUUGGUUCACAACUGACUGAAACAUCUCAACAACAACAGGAAGUUCAGCACAGAGAUCCGAACUUCCCAUUGUCUUCAGGACUUUCCAAACAUGGGGAUGUUUCUCCAGCACCUUUAAAUGUGCAGAAUUAGGUCAACAGUUUGAUCUUCAGUUUUGUUAUCGGGUCAGAUCUGCUCGUUUGGUCUCUUUUGUUUCUUAUCCUGAAAACUCAAACGGUGCUUCAUCCUGUCAGAGGAUCAUCAGUUACACAUGGUCAUAAAUCAGUGACCGAUUGAACGACCACUGAAGACCAAACACGGAUUAAAAAGAGAAAUGUUCAUAUGAGUUCUAUUCUGCCUGUGGCGCCCUCUGCAGGUACUGGGCAGACAUUGACACUGAGCUGAGAAAGGCGGCCUAUGAGAGGCGAGUGAAAGUCCGGCUCCUGAUCAGCUGCUGGGCCAGCACUCAGCCCAUCAUGUUCCCCUUCCUCAGAUCCCUUGCCUCGGUUUACGACCCCAAGAGCAAACUGGACGUCCAGGUGGUACGUGAACCUUCAGUCCGUCUGUCUGAUUAAAAAGACGUUUUAAAUGAAGUCUGAAACGGAUCACCUGUAGACCUCUUGUCUCCUCAUAUCCAGAGGCUGUUUGUGGUCCCUGCCAGUCCGGAGCAGAAGGAGAUUCCUUUUGCCAGAGUGAACCACAACAAGUACAUGGUGACCGACAAGAUCGCUUACAUUGGUAAGACAUCGGCAUCUUACGACGGAGUAUUAGGGCCACAAGAAAUGAUUUUAUUACGACUUUAUUCUCUUAAGUAAUUACAGUCUUUUUGUUUUCUUACUGGCCCUAAUAUUCUGUCGUAGCAUCUUUUAAUAAAUCCAAUAAUUGAGUUUGGUCUCUGUAAAUGUGUCAGCAGAAAAGAACCGAUCAUGAGUUUGGCGCUCUGUCCUCAGGUACGUCGAACUGGUCAGGUGACUACUUUGUGAGCACAGCUGGUUCUGCCUUGGUGGUGAAUCAAACUGGAUCCGAGUCCACGGAGCCGACCGUCCAGUCCCAGCUGAAGGCCGUGUUUGAGAGAGACUGGAGCUCCGACUACAGCACGCCUCUCACCCAGACCGCUAACCUCAGAGACUUGUGUUGAUCGUCACAGUGUGAAUCUGACGCUUCUGUGCAGCGCACGUUUCAGAGCGUCCUCUCAGGGGAGCAGGUCUUUAUGGGUCUACUCUGUCGGGGUUCUUCUCUCUCUUUCUCAGACCUGCUGUUUUUAUCAUCUCUGCCUCUUCUUCACUCCGAGAACAUGUGUCCCACCAAACACCAGAGACCGGGCUGUAAGGUCAGAUCGGGCUCCAGGCAGCAGAAGGACAUCACACUAAAGUUCAACUGGAGUCGAUUUGAUUUUGCAGUUUGGGUCCUGUGGUGUGAGCAGCAGAAGGGGGCGCUGUGCUGAGGCUCUCCUAUCAUCUGUUUAUUGGUCAGUGUUGAGUUUAAAGAUCAAUCUAAAGCAUCUCUUCAUUACAAGACUUCAGCUAAGAGGGAUUUGUUCGUUUUUUCUCAGGGAGGAACGUUAGAGUUUAGUUUUUAUAUCAUUUUAAUUUGCUGGAAUCAUGAAAACUCUGACGGGCGUGUCGGAGUCGUUUCUGUCUUUGGUUUUUAAAGUAAUAGAUGUGAUUUUAAAGUCUGCAGUGGAUCAGAGGUUUGCAGAAGCUCUAAAGGAAAAUGAGCUCAUUUAAUUUCCACCGUGUGGAGUGAUUCAAAGUACCAAUUAGUGAGGAGACAGUUGUUAUGGUAACUCUCCAAAGAAGCGUGUUUUAUAGCCGAGUGUGCGAAUGAAAGCUUUGGAGCUGCUGGUGUUCAUGUCUGUACUUCUCUCCUGUUUAUAAAGAACUGACUCCAAAUAAAAGUCUUUAAAUUCAAA